UCCGGCCGCGGCGGCUCGUUGCAGGUGCUGUGCCUGGAGAAGGGGAUGCUGCUAAAGCGGGUGUUUGCGCUCAGCAGAGCAGCAACAUCCAGAGAAAGCCGUCUGUGUGCUGCAGGUGAUGCCCUUGUGAGUUGCCACAGACACUACAAAUCCCGUCCUACACAUGGUAUUGGCAGGUUCAAAUACCUGCUCCCGAAGGAGGCUCCAAAGAAGAAAAAGGAUAAAGUACAGAUGAAAGAGAUAAAUGUUGGGACCGAAUACGAGUACGGAGAUGUCAACAUCCAGAUGACUUCCUAUGAUAUGUGUCUUGUGGAGCAUUUUGCUCAGUAUGUGCAUAAACUCUGCAACCGACUCUCCAUCAGAGUGAACGAAAGGUACGAGGAGCAGGGCUCCGUGUUUGUCACGGCUCACAGUCGCGUCGCGUCGGGCCACGUGAAGCUCGUGG